AUGGUCAACCAAGAUGCAAAGGGAAAGCUGAAGAAGCUCGAGCCCGUAGAAGCAGCCAAGCGACUGGCAGCCUAUGCCGCCGUGGACGCCCACAUCAAACCCCACCACCGCGUUAUCGGCAUUGGCUCGGGCAGUACGGUGCCCUACGUCGUCGAACGGAUCCUCGAACAAGGCUCCGAGAUCAACGAGGACAGAUGGUUCAUCCCCACGGGUUUCCAGUCGAAGCAGCUCAUCGUGCAAGCCGGUCUCAACUUGGGCGAUGUAGACCAGUUCCCGUCCAUCGACGUCACAAUAGACGGAGCAGACGAAGUGGAUGACGAUCUGAACGCCAUCAAAGGCGGAGGAGCGUGCCACCUUCGAGAGAAAGUCCUAGCGGAGGCAGCGGCCGAUUUCAUCCUCGUUGCAGACAGCAGGAAAGACAGUCGCGUGCUCGGCACAACGUGGACACAGGGCAUACCUGUCGAAGUCGCCCCCUUUGCAUGGGCCAAAGUCUACCAGAACCUCGCCCUGUUAGGCUGCGAAGAGCCGAUACUGAGGAUGGGCAAGGCGAAAGCUGGUCCCAUCGUUACAGAUAACGGGAACUUUGUCAUCGAUGCGCCCUUCUCUGCAGUCUACAUGCGAGAUCCGGCAGAUCUGUUGCAUCGCAUCAAGAUGCUCACCGGUGUCCUCGAAGUCGGCCUCUUCGCAGGCAUGGCCAAGGCUGCCUACUUUGGACAGAAUGACGGCUCCGUCAUUGUACGCUAUGUCGACGCUUCCCCUCCAAACUCUGCAAGGGGUCCUCCCUCUCCCUCGCUCGCGGUACUGCAAAGCUUCAGCUUCACGUUCCAGAACGGUCCCCCCGAGCAUCGCGCGCGCAUCAUGCCCUCGACCUCUCUCUUCAGCCAGCGUUCGGUCAUGUCCAUGUUCACGGAGAGUCACAUCAGGUCCAUCAAGUCUCUCGACGAUCUCGAUAACGCUCCAGGAGGUCGUUCUGCCAAACCGAAAUAUCCAUACGUCAUCACACUCCGAGCUGCACUUCUCGGGAGUCCCAACGGUCAGCUCACGCUACAAGAGAUCUAUGCCGAGAUCGCCAAUCGGUUUCCUUACUACAAACACGCUGGCAAAGGCUGGAAGAACUCUGUCAGACACAACCUCUCCAUCAACCGAUGCUUCAAGCGGAUCAAGUCCGCCGAUCCCAGCAAGGGUUCACUCUGGUCAGUCGACGAGGACGAAGAAGUGACGACGACGCGCAUACGCAACAAGAAGCGUUACGCCACUUCGUCUCGGUCCAACUACCGCUACCGAGCCAGAGCGGCAAAGUCGCGUCGCUCGUUCGCAGACGACGACGAGGACGAGGAAGAAGAGGACGACCGGUCGAGCGUUUCAGAGUCAGCCUCGGCAGCCUUUAUCGCUCGCUCGCCCAUCCGUACCCGUCGCGCCGUCCUUGCAGUCGAUACCCAGACCAAGUCGUCUGCCUCCUCGCACCCGUCUGCCACCAUGCCGAGCUCGCCCACGACGUCCGAGCUCAGCGACGCCAACUCGGUCAACUCGACCUUCAGCCCGCUCAGCCCUGCUCACAAACCGAUCCAGCACAUCCAACGCGAGCCCGCACCCAUCGACAGUUUCGGCCGCGCUGGCACGCGUCCAACGCCCAUCACCGCGCUCAAUGCGGGUCAGUCAGUUGCCCCCCGGGCUUCAGAGUCGCCUCGUUCGGCUGCUUUUCCUCACACGGAGAGUCACAUGCGAUCUUUUGCUGGUCAUGUCCAAUCGCCCUCGUAUCGCUUCUCUGCUGUACAGGGACAUCAGAUGGACGAUCACUACCCGACCGUCUGGCCAUCGCUGGGCACUUACACGCCUCGUCAGACAACGUUUGCUGGAGCUGCCAGCAGCACUGUCGCCGGUACUGGUCCAUCGUACCCUGAUGCUCGUCAUUCGCUGGGCAACUAUGCGCUCAAAUCGGACAACAAUCACGAGCAUGUGCCUUCGACGAGCGGCGCAGAGAAUGCCCAGCCUUACUAUGACUACCCGCCCGAGACGGAGGAGACGCCGACGUCGAGUUACUACCGAGACUAUGCAACGGUGACCCAGUCGGAUCCUCACUGGUGGCAGCAAGUCUACCAGCAUUCCUCUGCAGCCCAGCAACAUUCGCCCACGCAAGCAACCCAUCCUGCACCUCCGCCCUAUUACCAUCACCAGGUUCACCAGCCACCGGUGACGAUGUCACCUCUCCAUGCUGGUCAUCCUCUCAGCUCAGGCUACGGGACCUGGUAUCCCGCGCCCAACCUGCCGCCUAUCGGACACGCUCCGAAUGGCGAUGUGACUUCGCCACACUAUCCGACCUUGCUGCCCAUCUCGCAGCAGAAGCGCAUGCUUCAGGCCGCCCAGUAGACCCUAAGGGGACAAUCUUCAUCAGAGAGCCAACCUCAGCGCCAACUCAUGGACAGUACGCCUGAUCGUAGACAUAGACAGGGUGGACAUCAAAGUUUUGUUAGUUCCUUUCGGACUUGUAUUUGUCAACAACCAACAGGACGUGUGCGUUUGUACAUUGCAUGAUCAUGCUGCAUACGGCAAGAAGUUGCCUGCGAUGAGCGAUGGGAUAUUAUAGGCGUCCCGACGGACGGUGAAGCUGAAGCAGCAAUUGAGUAUCGCUUCCGAUGCAGACGUGCGCUUCCGGCGUAGCGCGUGCUGGUUGACGAGCACGCAGGAAGUGAGAACUGCUUUUUGAUCUGGCUUGAAAGCGACGUCGGCGUACUUUUGCCAGUAGUGAACCGCGCUCUCCUCGGUCAUGAGCUCGUAGAUUGCCAGCCGGCCUUCGCGUAAGGAU